AGGAAAAACGGAAGGCCGCUGAAGCUGAGCAACGCCGGUUGGCCGCGCUACCGCCGUGGAAACGCGUUAUUGAGGAAAGAAAUGUCAUCAUUGUAUCGGCUGACAACACAACACCUGAUAUUGACAUUAAAAUAUCUGAAAAAACAAUUUCUGAAGGAAAAAACAAAGCGUCUAAUAAACUUCAUACGUCUAUACGUAAUGAUGAAGGCCUGGAAAAAGAAAAAGGUGUUGAUGGAGUGUCUGAGGAACAUUGUACGUCGGUAGAAGACAAUCCUUUUCUGAAACUUGACAGGAAUAAGUCUAGGCCCAGGCCACGAAGUGAAAUAAUAAUAAAGAACUCAAAUACUAGAAAUGGUGACGUUGUAUUUCAGUCACAGCCAAAAACAAGACCGAAUUCUCAUUUUAUAUCAGGAAUAAAUAAUUUAGAAAGUGUACCUGUUGAACCCAAUGUCAAUGCAAAGUCAACAAAUAAAGAAAAAACAUUAAAUCACACAAAGAAUAGUAAUUCAAACGAAUGCAAAGUUUUAGAUAUUCCGGAUAAAAGUAAGGAGUCUAUUGAUGAAAGUGAUAUAGCUGACAAAAAGCAGUUGAGUGUAAGUGAACUUCUUGGACGAUUUAAAUCUUCAUCCCAGGAAAAUCUUUUAGAUGUACCAAGAGAAUCAAGGAGUAUUCAUCAGCGCAACAAAGGUCCAAGGAGCAAAAGUUUGGAUCGGAACUUGGCAAAUACAGAACUGGUUAACUCUACUAAAACUAAUUCUACUGCUAGUUCUGUAAAAUCACAAAAUGUAAAACAUGCCGUUAAAAGCAAUUCGUACACAACUAACCAUCAUGCAUCAAGCUCUAAAAUGGGUAUAAAAGUAUCAGACAGAAUGGAUCAUGUUGAUCCAGAUGAUCCAGUACCAAAAGUUACAAUCAUUCCAAAUAGAGAAAAUAUCGAUCUGCAAAAGAAGAAAAAGAAUAAGCCAGAUCUGUCUGCAAGUGAGCUUAUUGACUUAGGAAAGGAUGUUCCUUUAAGUCCAUUAUCAAAGUUGUCUCCUUUUAAUUUUGAGAUUAUUGAAAGUGCCCAUAUAGGCCGACCAGUUGAUAAUAAAAUGACAACUAGAAUGGAGUAUGAACAAAGUCAAAAUGUGCCAUCUAGCUACAGUGCAGGGAACAGAGAUAAUAUGAAGGAAAACUCAGGUUCCAUAUAUUCUAGUGUCAGUAGUGUACCUGCAAAUAGGUACAAGAAACACUCAGAUUCAAACAAAGCAGUAGGUAGUAGUGGUAACAGAAAAAAAUUCAACGACAGAAGCAAGACGGCAACUGACAAUGUAGGAAGCAAAAGCUCAAAAUCAUCUGCAAGUAAUGAGAAGUUAAAACUACCUCCCUCAUCAAUGCCCCCACAGCAAAACAAUGUUGAAGAUUCCCCGAUACCACCACCAAGGAAUAAGAAAAAGAAAAAGGCUCCUAUAUUAGAUGAUGUUUUGAAAAUUAAAGGUCAAGUAGAAGAUAUUGAUACCAAUAAACAAUCAAGCUCCUCUGCAAAAACAGAAAUUGAGCGUAAUCAAAACACUCCAAUAUUAAUAUCACCGGAAAGAAAUAAAAGGCAGUCGCCAAAUAAAGUAAAAGGAACUUCUGGAGAAAAAACAGAACAAGAUAGUAAAAGAAAAAGUAAAACAAGUGAAUUACCUGUUACUGAUUUAUCGAAAAAUAAAAUAUCGGAUGUAGUACCAUUACAAAAGGAGAACGGAAUGGUAGAGGAAGAUCAACUGCCCGUUUCAAACAUUGAUGAUAUUGAACUCACACCAGUGGAGCAAAAGUCAGAUGAAAUAAUUAAUAAAACAGUUAACGAAAAACCAAGGGAUGUGUCAGUUGUUAAAAAUGAUAGCGAAAAAAAGAAAGGAGUUGUAAAGAAAUUAACCUCAGUAGAGUUUAUCGGGGAGAAUGAAUAUACAGGAAAGCCGUCUAUUUUGAAAAGUGAUGAUAGCCCAGAUAUAAAGAAAACAAAGAACUCAGUCAUGUUUAAUCAACAACUAAGCGUCACCUUUGAAUACGCUUCAGAAUUAUCUGCAAACCAGUACUUUGACGAACUUGAAUCUGCUGAUGAUUCAGAAAAUCUAACAUUAAUUCAAGAUUCAGAUACGCAAGAACUAACUGAGAGUUCUACUGACAUCAAUGAAGAUGAUGAUGUGGAGGAGGAUAAGUCAGUCGAUGGAGGUCUCAAAAGCAAUACCUCAAUAGGAAACAAAGGUCUCCAAGGCUACGUUCCAAGCUAUUUACAAAAGGCAUACAUGAGCACAAUCGAAGAGAAACGGAAUCAGGAUGUCCCAACACCUUCACCAGCACCAAAAGAAGUAAUUGAAGAUGAGCAGAUUGAAGCUGUACCUGAAACAAACUCUGAUCUCUUCUCAGGAUGGUCAAGCGGAAACACAGCGAUGCUGUUUUAGUUGCACAUAAUAAACGUUCUCAGACAUUGUAAAUUGUAUCUUCCACCUGACAAUUUACUGUGACCUACUGCACAACUUAGCAAUAAUAUAAAAGUCAACUAUUGUUCCAAAACAGGGCAUUAGACACUACUGUACGCUAAAGAAUGGACAUUUCUGCUAGGCCACGCCCCUUGGAUAUUGUUGCUAUGGUCCCACAAAAUGAUAGUGUAAAAACAUAUGCAAACACCCGUUUAUGUGCUUGAUAUGCACAUAUUCAUAGCUCUGUUUUGAUUGGUCAGUUGUUAAGUUUGAUUGACACUCCGAACGGAAAGCCCAUUGAAAGUUCAUCGAGGCGCUGUAAUCUGGUUACAUCAGGUGAAGAUAAGAAGUCCUGUAGAUGGUGCAGAGUUGCACUUGAAACACGACUCACGCUAAAAGUAAGGCCAGGAGCAGAUACCAGUAUGAGCAAAUUUUAACUUUCAGAGUUCAAGCAGGAAUAAACCACUUUUUGUUGAACUUUUAAGUCGGCAUACUAAUUUUACAACUUGAUGGACUGUUUUACUGAAUAAAAUAUCACUGUCUACAAAGACUUACAAUACUGUACAUAGUGUAUAAAGGUUUCAGAACUGUAUGUUUUUUUUUUAUUGAAUUGAUUCUUGCUAUUCCCUUUAAAUGAUCUCUCUAAGCCCUUGUAAAUCAUGUUUACCUUGUCUUGCAUGUACAUAACAAUUAGGCCUUAACAUAGAAAACUCUGAAAUAUUUAGAAAUAUUAAUGUAAUUCACACUACCUAAAAAUAGGGAGAGAUAAUUGUUUACAAUGGUAAGAUUAUUGGAUGAGAAAAUUAACCACUUUUAAUCCGACAUUCUCAAGUUGCAUGCAACAGCAAAAGGCCCAAGCCCUUCCUAGAGUUCCUCUAGAGAGAGAGUUGCGACAUGAGACGCUGCUGGUUAGUCAUUUUGGUGCCUUGCAUGCAUGAGUAAACGCAAAGCCUAUGCUGCAGUGUGGCGAUUGCAAAAAUAAUAGACAAUUGAAAAAAAUAAAUAAAAAUAUUAAUAAGAAAUUUUAUGUCAUUUGAUAGUAAAUAUCUGUUAAUCAACAUUGUUUGAAAUUUAUAACAAAAUUCCAAAAGAAAUUGAUUCUCAAUAUGCCAUUAUUAAUUAUUAUAUUACAUGCAGUUAGCUAGUCGUACAACAUCGCAUUUGCUCGGCUCAUAAAAUAGUAGGCGACUGGGCCUAGGCCUUUUCACUGGACAACUUAGAAAUUUGUAUAGUAAAUGGGUGUUUGUGGCACGCCUCAGCUAGGGUCCCAGUACGAGGGUAUCUCCAAAAUAACUAGUAGUAUAUAAUAAGAAAAAUCCGUAAGUCAUAUGGUAACUGAAAAAGUACUACGCUACUUUUAUAGCUAGCUAGGCCUAGUCUAGUACUACCUACCUACGUACUGUACUGCAAAGGCCUAUUUUAAUACACUAUUUAGAUAGGCUCUUCUUUUCCCAUUUUGUGGCAGAGGUCAAAAUAUUUUUUUCAUUUCUUAAAACUUAUAUAAUGGUGUAGAAUAGUCUUUUAAGAACAUUUCCAGAAAAAAAAGUCAUACAAUUCUUAGUUACGGAGUUAUGGAUUUUUAAGUAACAUGAGUUCAAUAAUUUUGCCUCGAAGCUUAUCUUAUUUUUGUUGGCUACGCACCACUGACUUGAUCAAUUGGCACCAAGAUGGCAGAUAGAGGGCGGCCAGUAGUCACAUGACCUGAACCGCUCAUGUCGCAACUCUCUCCAUAUAGGAACUCUAGCUUAUCCCUGCUGGCGCUGCCACUAAUCACCUUGUUCAAAUGUGCAAAGCACUUUUUCUGAAUGUGUUGAAAGGAGCUUGUAUGUAACAAUAGUAGUAAUAAUAGUAAUUCUUUAUUUGUCCUCAUUCAAUUUAGAAAUUUAUGCUGGGUCAUGAGACCCGCGGAAUUUAUGCUGGGCCAUGAGACCUGCAGCAGCUACAUACAGCCACAUAUGUUCCUUAAACCCGCUUAAACCUCAAUAUGAAAGAUAUUCGAGGUGCAAAGUGAUCACUCUCAAAUUUGAACUUCCGGUCAGCGCAAGAAACAGGAAUACAUCUCGGCCAACGGCUUGGCGAUGCAUGACUGUGGAAUUAAUGUAGAAUAGAAUUAUAGUAGUGCUAUUUAAGAACUGACUGGGAGGCUUAUAGAAGCAGCCAUCACAAUAAUUAUGUGCUAUAAAUUACACAUUAUUAGUAUGUACUAUAUAUUAUUUUUAGAAUGCAAUUGUAGAAAAUAAACCUUGAAAGGUUAAAAAAUUUCAAUCCAAUGCAGUUUCGUACAAGAAAAUGCAAUAAAAAUGCAUGUGCCUUUAAUCCAUACCAAAUGUGCCUGUUUUAACCUCUCCAUCCCCAAUAUGGAGGCCAUUAUGUUUUCACAAACUACCUUUUGUAUUCCCUAUUCAAAUAUUUGGACAUUUAUUUUAUUAUUUGCCAUAUUAUUUUGUAUUGAGGUAAUAAAACAAUUCUACUGAAAAAUAGUCAAUCCUAAUUAUUCAGGUUUUUAAAAUGUAGACUUGGUGUAGUAAAGUAUCUGUUACUAAUCCAUAUCAUAAGUUUUGUUAAUUUUUGAUGAGGGUGGCAGGUUACUCUAAUAUCUUAAUGCCUUGAUCUUAAUUGUAAUUUAAGUUUUUUAACUUGUAAUAUGUAUUGUAGGGAAGAUGCAAUAUUGCAUUUUACCACAGCCUGCUAACUUCAUCAUUUGCAUAUAACUGUAUGUAAAAACUAGUGUUUAAAUAAUAACUAAUAAUUGUAAUAAAUAUGUAUAGUGCACUGACAUAAAUUAUUAAUUAGUUGUAUAUUAAUGAAUUGAGACACUGUAUUAUUUUUUGGUUAAACCAAUGAAUGCAUUUAUUGGGGCAAUAAUGAUUUGAGCUUUGACUGCUUGUGACGUCAAAUCCGAGACCGGUCGUACUGCUUGUGUCCACUUUAAGACCAACCCAGAGAGAAUCGUAGGACACAGUCUGACGAAAUUUUUUGUCGAAGUAGUAUUAUGAUGGGGUGUGGGCAUUAAAAUUAUUCGGAGUGCCAAAGUGAAUUUUUGAUACAAAUAAUCAGUGCCGAGCCGCAAAAAACAAGGUUUUUUCUAGCCAGAGGUGAUUGGCGGGUCAAACACAAGCUUUGUAAUUCAUUUUCGCUCUCCGCAAAAGAAUCACUGGCGGGCACUUCGUGGCCAGUGGGCCCCACUUUGCCCACCUGUGUAUUACAACAUUGUGAGAAUACCAAACAUGUUAAUAUUGUAGAACGUGACAGUUCCCAAUGCAGAUCUAUCACGUCAGUGUUAAACUCACAGACACUCAAUUCAUGUCUGACCAAGUCGUACAACGCUGUCCAAGUUGGCCUUAAAUUGAUCUGGUGCUGACAGCACGUAAUGAAAUAUUUUAGUAAGGAGAAAAAUGUAUCCAAUAACUAGUGAAAUAGAUAACAGCUUGGUGAUCUACAUGAAAUAGCACUACAGAAUAUAUGUAUAAUUGAGUAAUAUUAUUUAUUAUAUUAGACUUUUAACUUUGUACAUACUUAUAUUUAUAAUUUUAAUACUAAUUUGAUAUGAUUUGAUGAAAGCCUUGAUCAAGAUAGUACAGAAUCCUUAAACUAACAAUACUUGGUAUUGAUAAACUAUUUGUAAUUACUGUAAUUAUGAAAUAGUAAUAAUAUAAUCAUUUACAUAGAUCUCAGUACUUUAUCAUGUUAAUAUAAUAUUUUUGAAGCCUGUAUAUAAGUUGUUAUAUUGUACUGAAAUGCUUUAUGAAUAUAUUUGUAAUAUAGGCCCACAUAAAUUGGCA